AAGGUGGGAGGCGCCAGGAUCACUCAGUGCGCCCGGGAGCGGAGCGAGGCUGCCAUCCAUUUGGGCGACCUCAGCGGCAACGGAGUGUCGGGGGCCUGCGCAGCCAUGCGGGCGGCGGCCGGGGGCGCGCGGGCGGCCGCGCUGGCGCUGCUGCUGGGGGCGCUGCACGGAUCGCCGGCGCGGGGCGAGGAGUACGACUACUACGGCUGGCAGACCGAGCCGCUGCACGGGCGCUCGUACUCCAAGCCGCCCCAGUGCCUCGACAUCCCCGCCGACCUGCCGCUCUGCCACACGGUGGGCUACAAGCGCAUGCGGCUGCCCAACCUGCUGGAGCACGAGAGCCUGGCCGAGGUGAAGCAGCAGGCGAGCAGCUGGCUGCCGCUGCUGGCCAAGCGCUGCCACUCGGACACGCAGGUCUUCCUCUGCUCGCUCUUCGCGCCCGUCUGCCUCGACCGGCCCAUCUACCCUUGCCGCUCGCUGUGCGAGGCUGUGCGCGCCGGCUGCGCGCCGCUCAUGGAGGCCUAUGGCUUCCCCUGGCCCGAGAUGCUGCACUGUCACAAGUUCCCCCUGGACAACGACCUCUGCAUCGCUGUGCAGUUCGGGCACCUGCCCGCCACCGCGCCUCCAGUGACCAAGAUCUGUGCCCAGUGUGAGAUGGAGCACAGUGCUGACGGACUCAUGGAGCAGAUGUGUUCCAGCGACUUCGUGGUCAAAAUGCGCAUCAAGGAGAUCAAGAUAGAGAAUGGGGACCGGAAGUUGAUUGGAGCCCAGAAAAAGAAGAAGCUGCUCAAGUCGGGCCCCCUGAAGCGCAAGGACACCAAGAGGCUCGUGCUGCACAUGAAGAACGGUGCUGGCUGCCCCUGCCCACAGCUGGACAGCCUGGCUGGCAGCUUCCUGGUCAUGGGCCGCAAAGUAGACGGGCAGCUGCUGCUCAUGGCCGUCUACCGCUGGGACAAGAAGAACAAGGAGAUGAAGUUUGCAGUCAAGUUCAUGUUCUCCUACCCCUGCUCCCUUUACUACCCCUUCUUCUAUGGGGCAGCAGAGCCCCACUGAAGGGCUCUCCUCUGCCCCACCCAGCCAUGCCCUGUCCUCGGUCCCCAUCCCUGGGGCACUCUCUCCUCUGCCCACCUGGCCUCCCCCUCCCCAGGCUGACCUAGCCCCUGCCGCAGGGUGGUUCACGCAGAGCUGUGCAGGCACAGGCACUAAGGGAUGGACACGGAGCCAGGCUGUCCUUGACUGAGGGGUUCUGGGGUUCUUGGAGGUUUGCUCCCAGAGAACCAGGCCUUUCUCAGUUCAGGGGAAGCCCCAGGCUCUCAGAAAGUAAGCAGAGAGAAGAGAGCAAGGAACAGUGCAGGGGCUCGGAGCAGCCUGAGGAGGUGGCUUCCAGGGGACCGGUAGUGUCAGCCCCUCUGUUGCAGUGGGGCCUCGCCCGGGAGAGGGAAGUCUUGACAUUGGGCUGAGCUACUUGGGGGACAGUUCCCGGCCCCCAUGCCCCUUCAUGUGUCCUCAUCAUAGCCUCUAGAGGAAAGGGUCAUGGUGCCCUCCAGCCACACUUUCCCACCUCCCCCAUCUCUGCCUGUCUCCUUCCCCACUGGACUGGGGAGAAGCCCAGCCCAGCCCCCUCCCAGAAGCUCGCUCCUCAGCCUCCGCGUGUCCCUAUAUCCUGAUGACCAUAAAUUAUUGCUUCUGCUGCGAGGCCAUAGGUACUAGACUGAUGCAGGUAGGAUUUGGUUUUCUAUUUUUUUUUUUUUAAGUUUUUAAUUAAAUCAAAGAAAACAAACA